AUGGGAGAGGAAAGGAGAUACAGCGGCCUCUUCACCAACCUGGCUCAUCUGGCUUUUGAGGCAGACUGUAUUGAGGGUAUCUGCCGAAAAAGAUCUCUCCCACCGCUUGGCCAGAGGGCGACUUUGUAUCUCUGGAACCUUUUUGCCGUCUGCUUUCGUCUCCCUGAUCAUAUUUCCGAAGAAGUACUGGGAAACAUAUCGAACAUCAUACACUACUAUCAAGGGUUCGGGCCUAAUCCAGCGACCUGUGUCACUCGUGUCCAGAACGUCAAGUCGACUCCGCGAAUGGCGGGCGUCGAUGUCCUUCACCUCUUAAGUUGUUCUGAUACGAUGUUUGUUGACUUGCUGCCCAUCGAUUUCGACCCGGGUGUGACUACCGUGGUACAUCAUGCGGACGAUAUCGUCCAAUUUUGUGUGAAUUUCAUGUCUCAGUGGCCACUCCCCGAAAGCCAUAGGAAAAUGGCACCAUACCCAAGGAACAUCAUCUUCACCGGCAUGGACACCGUCCACUUCCCUGACGGCUUAAUCCACUGUCUCUCACCCAGCAUCAAGCAAUCCGUACUCGAUACUGUCGAGAAAAGCAUUCGACAGAGGGUCCGAGUGGGUCUGCAGGACAGAGCACCGCAGAGUGUAGGGAUGGAGGAUAUGAUCCAAGUUCGGGGUUACGAGGAGUGCGAGUUCUGUCCAAAGGCCUCUCGCGAGGUUGAGCAAGGGGAAUGGCUGCUGCCGAUGCAAGAUGCUGCAGAGAUCGCCGAGGAUAAACAGGAAAAGGCUUGUCCUCAGAAAGAAUAUGAUGAUGGAGAAACUUGGCAGAUUGCCGUGUAG